UAAACCACCGUCAUUGUGCGCACUCUUUAAGGCACCGAUCCAAUUCGGUAAACUAGGGGGUUGUGAGCCUGGGCAGAUUUUUAAGCAAGCAAAUCUGAGCCCAGGAAAGGAUUAUUCGCUAGACCUUCUUCAAAGGUUGGAAGGCAAAAGGCUGCGUUUGCUAGCACUGCCGGAGGCUUAGUUUGUCAAUAUAUCCGGGAAGAACGUGGCGAAAGCACAAUGGAGGCCAGAGGGGAGCGUUUUCUUAGACAAAGGCAAGUCCUAUUUCUCUUUGUUUUUCUGGGUGGGUCUCUGGCUGGGUCUGACUCAAGACGCUACUCUGUGUUUGAGGAAACAGAGAGGGGCUAUUUAAUAGCUAACCUAGCAAAGGAUCUAGGGCUAGGGGUAGGGGAACUGGCUGUGAGGGGCGCCCAGGUUGUGUCUAAAGGGAACAAACAGCAUUUUCAGCUCAACCAUCAGACCGGCGAUUUGCUCCUGCAUGAGAAAUUGGACCGGGAAGAGCUUUGCGGCCCCACUGAGCCAUGUAUACUGCAUUUUCAGAUAUUGCUGCAAAACCCUUUGCAGUUAGUUACAAAUGAGCUUCAGGUCAUAGAUGUAAAUGACCAUUCUCCGGUAUUCUUUGAAAAUGAAAUGCAGCUGAAACUCUUAGAAAACACGCCACCAGGAACCAUAAUUCCUUUGGAAAAUGCUGAGGACUUGGAUGUGGGAAGAAACAGUCUCCAAAACUACACUAUCACUCCUAAUUCCCAUUUCCACGUUCUCACACGCAGCCGUAGAGACGGAAGAAAGUACCCACAACUGGUGCUGGACAAAGCGCUAGACCGCGAGGAGCAGACAGAGCUCCUUUUGACGCUCACCGCGCUGGAUGGCGGCUCUCCACCCCGGUCGGGAAUCGUCCAGAUCCACAUCCUGAUCUUAGACAUAAACGACAACGCCCCUGAAUUUACACAGUCACUCUAUGAGGUUCAAAUUCUAGAGAACAGCCCCAUUAACUCUGUUAUUGUCACUGUCUCAGCUUCUGACUUAGAUACAGGAAAUUUGGGGACAGUAUCAUAUGCAUUUUUUCACGCUUCUGAAGAAAUUCGCAAAACCUUCCAGCUAAAUCCAAUUACUGGUGAUAUCCAGCUAGUCAAAUAUUUGAAUUAUGAGGUUUUGAAUACUUAUGAAGUGGACAUAGAAGCUAAGGAUGGUGGAGGCCUUUCCGGAAAAACCACAGUGAUAGUUCAGGUGGUUGAUGUGAACGACAACCCACCAGAACUGACCUUGUCCUCAAUUACCAGCCCUAUCCCUGAGAACUCGCCAGAGACUGUGGUGGCUGUUUUCAGUGUUUCUGAUCUAGACUCUGGAGACAAUGGGAGAAUUAUGUGUUUCAUCGAGAACAAUCUCCCCUUCAUGCUCAAACCAUCCGUAGAAAAUUUUUACACCCUAGUUACAGAGAGACCACUCGACAGAGAGACCCAGGCCGAGUACAACAUCACCAUCACCGUCACCGACCUGGGGACCCCCAGGCUGAAAACCCAGCACAACUUAACCGUGACGGUGUCCGACGUCAACGACAACGCCCCCGCCUUCAGCCAAAGCUCCUACACCCUGCGGGUCCGCGAGAACAACAGCCCCGCCCUGCACAUCGGCAGCGUGAGCGCCACCGACAGAGACGCGGGCGCCAACGCCCAGGUCACCUACUCGCUGCUGCUGCCGCCCCACGACCCGCACCUGCCCCUGGCCUCGCUGGUGUCCAUCAACGCGGACAACGGGCAGCUGUUCGCGCUCAGGGCGCUGGAUUACGAGGCGCUGCAGGCGUUCGAGUUCGGCGUGCGCGCGGCCGACCGCGGCUCGCCCGCGCUCAGCAGCCAGGCGCUGGUGCGCGUGCUGGUGGUGGACGACAACGACAACGCGCCCUUCGUGCUGUACCCGCUGCAGAACGGCUCGGCGCCCUGCACCGAGCUGGUGCCCAGGGCGGCCGAGGCGGGCUACCUGGUGACCAAGGUGGUGGCGGUGGACGGCGACUCGGGCCAGAACGCCUGGCUGUCGUACCAGCUGCUCAAGGCCACGGAGCCCGGGCUGUUCGGCGUGUGGGCGCACAACGGCGAGGUGCGCACGGCCCGGCUGCUGAGCGAGCGCGACGCCGUCAAGCACAGGCUGCUGGUGCUGGUCAAGGACAAUGGCGAGCCGCCGCUGUCGGCCAGCGUCACGCUGCACGUGCUGCUGGUGGACGGCUUCUCGCAGCCCUACCUGCCGCUGCCGGACGUGGCGGCGGCCGAGGCCCGGGCCGACCCGCUCACCGUCUACUUGGUCAUCGCCUUGGCGUCGGUGUCGUCGCUCUUCCUGGUGUCGGUGCUGGUGUUCGUGGCGGUGCGGCUGUGCAGGAGGAGCCGGGCGGCGUCGGGGGGCGGCUGCGCGGUGCCCGAGGGCCCGUUUGCGGGCCACCUGGUGGACGUCAGCGGCACGGGGACCCUGUCCCACAGCUACCAGUACGAGGUGUGUCAGGGGAGAAUCUGGGACCUGGGAAUUUAAGUUUUUGAAGUCUGUUGUCUCCACCCAACAGAGGUCUGUGAACAAUGUGGAGGAAAACUCAAAUUU